GGUGGCUCCCUUAUCAGCGUACCGUUCACGAUGCACGCCCGUGAAUUAUGCUCGAGCCGAAGGAAAAGGCAGCGAUACCGAGCGUGCACCGUGUUUAUCAAAGGAGGUGGGAGCACCUGCCACUUCCAGUACGUCGGGAAAGCGCGGGAUGGAUCAGUCAGUGUCCGACGCACCCGUGUGAUCCAUCGAGCGCCGGCGAUCUCUCGAUCGUCAUUGAAGGGGCCCAAGCGGAAUCGUCGUCGACGGUGUCUGUCACGUGUUCGUCAUGUAUUGGAACGAGGUAUUGCGACUGCUGGUGCUGCAGGUAUCCCUGGCCGUCCUUGUCGCCGGGAAAUCCAUUUCGCGGAUGUCGAACGGACACGAGGCUGUCGAAGAGAGCGAUCUAAACGGAAACACCGUUCCAUUCACUCUCGAGGAGACCUACGACCAGAGUUUUCGUGCGACCGGCUUCAACGGUAGCUGGAUAUCUAACACGGAGAUACUUUAUAACGAUGACCACACCGGUGACAUUCGUAUAUUCGAUGCUACGUCGGGGACCAGUUCGAUCUUCCUCGACUCGUCCAUAUUGAGCCCGUACGACAAGCCUUCGUUGAGCAUCUCCUUCGACAGGUCGUACGUUCUGAUUGGCUACGACUUCGUCAACGGAUUCAGGUACUCGACGUUCCAGAAGUUCGACGUUUACAACGUGAAAAGCAAACAAUAUAUAACCCUCGCUGAUGGCGAACGUUUGGCAUUGGGCUCAUGGUCGCCCACCAGAAACGCUGUGGUCUACGUUCUGCAAAACGACAUUUAUUAUCAAACGUUCUCCGAAACUGGCAGCAAGGUUCGAAGGUUGACGCACACGGGGGUUCCAGGUGUUAUUUACAAUGGCGUGCCCGAUUGGGUCUACGAAGAGGAAGUCCUAGACUCCGCUGUCGCUCUCUGGUUCUCUCCCAAUGGAGAUUACCUAGCUUUCGCGUCCUACAACGACACCGAAGUGAAAGAUGUCGUGAUGCUGUACUAUGGAACACCAGGCAGCAUGAAGAAUCAAUACCCCACGGAAGUGAAAAUCAAAUAUCCCAAGGCUGGCAGUCCAAAUCCAAUCGUGUCUCUAACCGUCGCUAGUUUGAUUAAUUCGUCCGUCGAAUCGCGUAAACUCGAGCCUCCCGUUAACGUCGUCGGCGUGGAUAAUAUUCUCUAUACGGUGAGCUGGGGGGACAACGAGUACGUGGCAGCUACCUGGACGAACAGGGUGCAGACCAAGGCUCAGACCGUGUAUUACAGCACCGGAGAAAUAGCGUUCAACGACGUGGAGACGGAGGUUCUGGAUCACAUGUACCAGGAGGAACUCUCAGGAUGGUUGCGUAUCCUACCAUCCGUGUUCUCCAAUCGAUACGCCAUUGUUCUGCAGCUCGAGGACUCCGGCACGGACGCUGGACGAUUCGUCCACGCGAUCAGAUUCAAGUACGACACCGAUGGGAGGCUUCUUUCGAAGAGGGAUCUGACCCCGGUCGCGGCCGAAGUAAUGUAUAUCGCGGCCGUGAACAAACAGAGGGGGAUAUUGUACUAUGUGGGGACUGGGGUUGGCAAACCGACGCACAGGAACCUUUACUCGGUGCCUUUGGACGGCAGUCGAGAACCAGAAUGCGUCUCCUGCAACGUACCCACGCCAGAAGGACACACUUGCAGCUUCGUCUACGCGUACUUUUCCGACGACAGUUCGCAUUACACGUUGAACUGCGCGGGGCCAGACCCAUCGACCGUGAUGAUCUUCGACACGGCGAGUCACCGAUUGCUGUACACUUGGGAGAGGAAUCGAUCUCUGAGGCAGAAACUGGCCACUCGUAUGCAACCACUUAUCAAAAAUCUCCAAAUCAGGGUGAACGGGUACGACUGCAACGUGAGAUUGUAUUUGCCGCACGACUUCGACGACAGAAAGUCCUACCCUCUGCUGAUCAACGUAUACGCUGGUCCGAACACUGUGAGGAUCACCGAGGCGAACACGCACGGUUUCGAGUCGUACAUGACGACCAACAGGAGCGUAAUUUACGGCCACAUCGAUGGCCGUGGGUCCGCCUAUAAGGGUAGCAAGAUGCUUUUCGAGAUCUAUCGACGCAUGGGCACCGUGGAGAUCGAGGACCAAAUAGCCGUCACGCGGGCGCUCCAAGACACGUACGCUUGGAUCGAUGGAAACAGAACCGCGAUAUGGGGAUGGAGCUAUGGCGGUUUCGCGACGGCCAUGACACUGGCCACCGACAAGGAUUCAGUUUUCAAGUGCGGUAUAUCGGUCGCACCUGUUUCAUCCUGGAUUUAUUAUGACUCCAUCUACACGGAGCGUUACAUGGGCCUCCCGACGCUCGAGGAUAAUCUGAGGGGCUACAACGGCACGGACGUUAACAGAAAGGUGGAGGGUAUCCGUGGCAAAAAGUUCCUGUUGAUACACGGCACCGGGGACGACAACGUGCACUACCAGCAGUCCCUGGCCCUGAACAAGGCUCUCGUGCAAAAGGUCAUCGUGUUCGAGUUGCAGACCUACACGGACGAGGCUCACGGCCUGACCGGGGUCUCUCCUCACCUUUACCACACCAUGGACCGAUUUUGGAGCAAUUGCUUGGGCUAUUCGCGCGAUCACUGACCCGAAUCGCUUCCGGAUCACCAAACUGGGUGGGGGAACCAUUCAACCACGUUAGCUGCCUACCGUAACCGUCGAUGUAACUCCGUGGGCGUUGCUCGAUCAACGAGAGAUUAAUCCGUGAAUCUGCUACGAGUUUCGUUCGUUGUCGUUCGAACGACCGCCUUGAAUCAUUCGGGUGACGCUGGACCGAUUUUAACACCGUGGAACACGGUCAAAGAUCGAAGAUGAACGAAACUAACGCAUUGUACAACUUUUUAAUUAUUUUUAAAUACAAUAUAAGAAUGAUAUUUUUGUGGAAAUUUUUGUAAAACGUAGGAAUGCUCCAACGACUAAAUGGCUGUACUCAGGUAAAUAGUUAUUUUUCUAUUUUUAAUAUCGAGCCGUUGAACGCGCGUUUAAUUAACGUUCCGCAGUGUUUUAUUCGCGGAUCGGUUAUUCGCGCGGAAGUCCUUCGCGUACGAUGGUCUCAUUUUUGGCGCUGAUUCGAAAUCCCUCUUUGUAACGUUUUCUGGUCGAAUUGACCGUACGCCGGGACAGAAAUACAAAAAUGCGUUACCUGUGGACCAUCGAGCGGAACAGCUGACGAAAAUUCAAUAUUUCGUAGACUAAUAUUUAUUCAUUUUUCACCAUCGAAUCUAGUUUUCCAAACAACCGGGGAACACAUAUUUUCGUUAAACGUUUCCCCCUCUCGAUUAAACGUUA